AUGUCGAGCCUUUCUCUAGGCUCCCAGUCAUCACGACACACCUCCACGUCCACCGGGAAAACACCCCGCUUCUACUCCUCUCCAGUCCAGAAUGGCUUUGAAACCCCCCUUCAACUCUACGGCCUCGAACGCCGCGAGCCAUCCAUUCACGAGAAACGCAAACGAUCCCGGCGCAUCUCCCACGCUCUCGGCGAGAUUGCAGAGAAUCCCGCUCCCCCAUUCAAGUUGGACACAGUCACAUCACCUCCAAUCAACAAACUUCGGCGUCGUUCCACCUUUCUUCCGGGUUCUCCUCCCGUCUCGGCGGCAGCUUCAUCUCCUCGCAGCAUGGUGGAUGGGCCUUGCACGCCGCAAUCUGAGCCCGGUUCCGCCUGGUCUAUUUCCACGACGCAGAGUCAUAGCUUUACCCAUCGUCUUGUGCGACGAUUGUCGGUGCUUUCGAUUCGAAGAAAAAAUCCCAUGCAGUCCAGUCUGAGCGGUGUCGCUUUGUCGAAUGGGAUUGGUCCGUCGAUGCAGCAUGGCACCCGUCUUCAGCCGGGUUUUAUAUGA